AUGGGAAGGCGCCCGACCACUGGUCGAGGUCGCAAAGCCGCCGCGGCGGCUCGCGCAGCUCCCAUUUAUCCUGAUCGCCAAUUGACCAAGAUGCCGCCAUUCAAGGAUGAGCACAUCCUGUUAAUUGCGCCGGGUUCGCAAAUGACCCUGGCGCAGCUCGGCCUGCCCGAAACAUUCACGCCUGCGCGAUUCCGUUUCCCUACGCGCAUGUUCCCUGCCCAAAAGGAGGGUGAGUACGAGCCUUACCGGAUCCGUGAACGACGAAACGAAGUCAAGAUCAGCAAUGGCAAUGGUGCGCCCAAGGAGACUCCGAAGGAGGAUGUGGAGAUGAAAGAUGCGGAGUUUGCUGGUCAGGAUGGUGCUGCCAACAAGCCUGAGGGUGAAGGUGCCGACGGGGCUGAGAAGCCUCAGGAGACGACCCAAGUUAUCGAGGAAGUUCUCUACGAGGAGGAUGUCACCACUGAAGAAGGGGCGGUCUAUCCGAUUCAGGAUGGGCGCAUCGUCGACUGGCCCUGCUUCUACGCUCUGUUGACUCACAUUUAUAAUGCUCUGAGCCCGCCUUUCCACACUCCGAUCCUUAUGAUUGCCCAGCCUGUCUGGUCUGCGCGCGAUCGAGAGGCUAUCACCCAGUUCAUCUUCGAGAAGUUCAAGGUUCCUGGAUUCAGUCUGAUCGACUCGGCCCUUGCUGCAUGCUACGGUUAUGGUGUACAGACAGCCACAGUUAUUGAUGUCGGCAAGAGCAAGGUGGACGUGACCGCAGUUACAGAUUUUGCAGUCAACGAGCACGGUCGAGGAAUUGCACUGCAAGGGUGCGGCGGCGAUGCCAUGACUGACCGCCUUCUGGAGUUGCUUGGUCCCAGGGGAUUCACCAGAGAGAUGUGUGAGCAGCUUAAGCGCAGCAACAUCACCGAGAUCGUGCCCCCGGGUACUCCGCUGCCUGGUGCAGCAGCUACCGCACGCCAGGGUAGUAACCCCGCGACUGCCGCCACUACUGGAGUAGACGGGAACGACUCUGCCCCACGCGGGCCUGGCGAGGGCACUCAGACUGGCACUGAGACCAACGGCGAGGAAGAUGAGGGUGUCCUUGACGUUGCAGCAAUUGUUAGUGGCAACACUACCGAGUACCUUGCCAACAUGGAGAAGGACAAGUCCGCCAAGAAGGGGAGUGCUGCUGACCCCAGGUCAAAGCUCCCCAAUAACAAGAAGGAGAAGGCGGCUUUCCAGUUCGAGGAGUUUGUGCCAAUGGAGGAAGAGAGUGCAGCCGGUGGCGCGAAGCGCUACACGCGUCAUAACCGGGAAAUCGAAGUGGGCGUCGAGCGCUUCCUUCUGACAUCGCCCAGUCAGCAAACCGGAGACCGUCUGUCUAGCGGCAUUUUGGAGGAUAUCGCAACUCAAGUUCACCACACCAUCCUGGCUGUGCCGGAUGCUACCAAGCGCAGCGAGCUUUGGGACUCCCUCAUCAUUGUCGGAUGUGGUAGCAAAGUUCGAGGCUUUACUCAGGCUCUCCUUGGCGUAAUCACCCAAAAGUUCAUCCUCUCUCCAUCUGCCACCAUCUUCACAUCUGAAAUCCCCUCCACCUUCUCCACCCCUCUCCCGACCGGCGGUACCAACACUCCCGCCCUUAUGGGCCAGGGCCAACCCGGGCCAAUGUACCACCCCGCCGCGCACGGUGUGAACCCUCUCCUCGUGGCUGCUACGCACAACAACCCCGGCAUGAUGCCAGGCACUCCAGGCAUGGACCCCAAUGUCGCUUCUCAACACUACCGCUCAAGCGGCCACUCCCAGACCCCUACCUCCGCCAAGACCCUCCGGCUGCCCGAGUACUUCCCUGAUUUCAAGGACCAAGGCAACAGCAACGCUCCCGGGGCGAGUGCAGGCCCAUCCGGCGCCUCGCAGGGUGGCCAUGGUACCGAAGAAGCCUGUUUCCUCGGCGCCCAGAUGGCUGCUAAGGUCUUCUUUGUUCUCGACCAGGGUCUUACGAAGGGCUACAUGAGCCGUGUGGAGUACAACGAUAACGGACCAUCAGCCAUCCAUGAGUUCACUCUGUGA